AUGUCUACUCCCUUAAAGCGAGUUAAUCAAAAGGCGGGUUCGCAAGGCCGACGAGAGAAUCCUAAGGCGUCGACAGCUACGGGCUCGUCGAUAAAUAGUAACCCGACGAAGCGUAGGGUGGACGUAUCUAACGACCCGUCGUCCUCGAAGAAGAGGAAAACGGCCGUGUCGGAGAUAACAACUUCUUUUGACAGACUUGUGCCUAUCCUAGUAGGCGCCGGUGAGGAACAAAGAACUAUUAGUGUUCACGAGGAUAAAGUAAUUCGGAGAUCACCAUACUUGAGAGAAGCAUUUGCUGCACUGGAGCGAAGCGUUUUCGUCGAUGACAAAACCACAAUAAUUGACCUAUCCAACCAUUCCACUCGUAUCGUCCUGCUUUACUUCCACUGGUGUUACAGCAACGAAUCUUUAAAGCCGGAUUCAAAGACGGCCCCAGUAGACGACGACUUAGUACAAGUUUGGCUGCUUAGACAAUUUCUUCGAUGCUGUGAACUUCAGAACGCAGCCAUUCAAUUAUGUUUAAAAGUGGAUGGCACGGGGGUGGAAUCCAACGCAUAA